AUGAGAGCUGCUCUUUUAUGGACAAUCAGUGAUUUCCCUGCAAAUGCAAUGGUAUCUGGAUGGAGCACUCAUGGGUUGUUGGCAUGUCCUUAUUGUAUGGAAAGGACAAAAUCUUUCAGACUUCGUUAUGGAAGGAAGGCAUGUUGGUUUGAUUGUCAUCGUCAGUUUUUGCCUCCUGACCAUCCUUAUAGAAGACAAACCUAUAAGUUUCGGAAGGGAAAAUGUGAAAAUGAUUCUCCACCUAUGCGCUUAACUGGAGAAGACAUGCGACAAAGGGUGGAUGAGCUUCCUGAAACUAUUUUUGGAAAACCACCAGGUGGUACACACCCAAUUGAUGGAUUUGGUAGGACACAUAAUUGGGUUAAAAGGAGCAUAUUCUGGGAGUUACCAUAUUGGCACACAAAUCUUAUCCGACAUAAUCUGGAUGUCAUGCAUAUCGAAAAAAACGUCUUUGAUAAUAUCUUUAACACUAUUAUGGACGUUAAAGAUAAAACAAAAGAUAAUGUCAGAUCUCGAAAAGAUUUGGAGUUGUAUUGUAGUCGUACUGAGAUGCAUUUGUUUGAAGGUGCAAAUGGAAAAAUCUACAAACCCAAGGCACCAUAUACUUUAACUAAAGCACAGAAGAAAGAAUUGUGCUCUUGGAUAAAAUCUUUAAAGUUACCUGAUGGGUAUUCCUCAAACAUUGCUCGUUGUGUGAAUGAAGAGGAAUGCAAAUUUUAUGGGAUGAAGAGUCAUGACUGUCAUGUGUUCAUGCAAAAAUUACUCCCAAUUGCAUUUAGAGAUCUACUACCGAAACCUAUUUGGGAAGCACUGACUGAACUCAGCAGUUUCUUUAAGGAUCUAUGCGCAACUAUAUUACGUGUGGAGCACAUGCAAAAACUUGAGAAGAACAUUGUUGAGAUAUUGUGUAAGUUAGAGAAAAUUUUUCCCCCAAGCUUCUUUGAUUCUAUGGAACAUCUACCAGUUCACCUUGCGUAUGAAGCUAAGGUUGGUGGACCUGUACAGUAUCGAUGGAUGUAUCCAUUUGAGAGAUUAAAUCAGGUUCCACGAAAUGAUGAUGGAGGAAUGAUAGAUUCUUGUGAAAGUCUAUUUUCUACACAUCCUGGACGACCACUUGGUAAUAGAAUUGCAGUUAGAUAUCUGGAUGAGGAUGAGAUGAAGGCUGCACAUAGAUAUGUCUUGAUGAAUUAUGAGAAGAUUGAUCCAUUCUUGCAGAAAUUUGAUGAAGAAAAUAGAAAACAAUUUCCAACAAUAACUGACAUGGAACUUGAAACAUUGCGGGACACAGAUUUUUCUCGGUGGUUACUUGCUCAUAUUCGAGAUACACGUAACGAAGUUGACGACCUCAUAAAAAAGUUGGCUCAUGGUCCCAGUCGACGUGUUUCUUGCUAUAAAGGGUACUUUGUGAAUGGAUUCAAAUUCCACACUUUUGAGUACGGGCAUUCUAAAGCAACAUCAAAUUAUGGUGUAUGUGUUUUGGGGAGUACCUACAAUGAAUAUGAAAUGGAUUAUUAUGGAAUUCUGGAAGAAAUUAUAGAAUUGGAGUAUUACGGGAUAAGACGUGGGGUUGUCUUGUUUAAGUGUCAUUGGUACGACACUUCUGAUAAAGGGCUUAAGUGGCACACAUCGGGUCUUGUGAAAAUUAACCAUAAUUUGAAAUUAAAAUCAAAUGACCCUUUUAUAUUGGCCUCCCAAGCACAACAAGUCUACUUUACAAACUUUCCGAGCACCAAAAGAGAGAGACGUGAUUGGUGGGCAGUAUGCAAAGUAAAGGCUACCGGUAAAUUUGACGUCCUAUUAGCUGAAGGACAAGACGAGAAUAUUGAGCAAAGCGUUGAUAUUGCUUUUCAAGAGAAUGAGACAUCUGAUCCACACCAAAUUUUGAUUGAAACUGAUCGAGAUGAGAUCAAUAUUGUUUCGGACGGUGUGGUAGAAGAAGUAGAUGCAAAUGAAUUUGAGGGACUUCAACAUGGGGUAGAUUUAAAUGAAGUCAUAAUAGAGGAUGAAGAUCAUUGGGAAGGCGAAGAAUUCGAACCAGAAGAUGAUGAGCAAGAAGAAGAAUAUGAUUCAAAUGAAAGUGAUGAGGAUAUGGACACUGUUCGUGAUGGUGACUAG